AUGGAUUAAUAAAACAAUUGUGAUGAAGUAAAACAAAAGGAAAUGUUAUUAAAAACAGAAAUACUUGAUAAAGGAUAUGAUAGUGAAGCAUUUAUAAAUUUUAUGGAACAAUAGAAAGACAACGGUACACUCCAAACAUAAAUUUACGAUUAGGUGGAUAAGACAUAGACAUGUGGACAUAUCAAGAAUUAACUUUAGCAAUUGCUUCAUUUUAAUAGAUAAAUUAACCAUAAUAAGAUUAAUAGAUACAAAAUAUUGGUUUUGGUAAAUAAUCAGAUUGUGAAGAUAAAAAGUUAUAGAAUGUAGAAUAGGAUGAAUAAAAUUUAAAGAAAGAAUAAACAUAAUCUUCUCUUUUGAAUGAAUUUAAUAAAGAUAAUGAUGUAAAAUCAAAUUUUUCUAAAAUUCAUUUGUGUAAAGUUUAAGAUAAAAAAGAAUUCUUGUUGUCUAAUGAAAUAAAAGUCUAAAUAACAAAAUAUUAAAGAAUACCUGGAGGUAUUUUCACAUCAUCAUAUUAUUCUUAUACUGUGCAAACAGAUCCAAUAGGUUGGAUUGUAUAAAGAAGAUAUAGUGAUUUCUUAUGGUUAAGGGAAUUAUUAUGCAAAAUUUAUCCUGGCAUAAAUGUAUAUAUUAAAUAUUAGAUUAGGUUGCUCCAUUACCAAAAAAGACUGUUUUGAAGAAUGAAAAAGAAUUAUAUCUUUAAAAACGUAUGAAAUUUUUAGAGGUAAUUAUAUUAAUUUAAUUAGAAAUUCUUAAAAUCAAUAUUUAAUUGUGAAUUAUUAAGACAUGAUAAAUGGUUUUAUGCAUUUUUAUCAUCCAAAGAAGAAAAAGAGUUUAAAUAAAUUUAAAAAUUGAGUACUUAAGUCUAAAAAGUCACUAAAUUAGAAUAGAUUAUUUCAAUGGAUGGUAAAAUUUAAUUAGAAAUUAAUGAAAAUUUAAAUGCUUAUAAUUUAGAAGCAACUUAAUUAGUUAAUUCAGUUGAUAUAUGUUAUAAGAAAUUAAGAAAAGAAUCUAAAUAAUUAUUAUUAGAUUUUGAUUAAUUAUCAAAUACUAUAUUUAAUAUGGGAUCAACUUGUGCAGAAUUAUAUCAAUUAUCAAAUAAAUUUAAUUAAUCGAUUCCUUAAGGUAAGAUAUCUUAAUUAGAUAUAUUUUAUAUAUCAAUGAAUAAUAUGUUAGUUUAAUGGGGUAAUAAUUUAACAUCUCAAAUUAAGAUAGUUUAAGAAGAAUUAUGUUAUUUUUUUAAAUUUCAUCAUCAUUCAAUUUUAGUAUUAAAAGAAGUAAUCAUUUCUUAUAUUUUAGUUUAUGAAAUAAAAAGAACAUGCAUAAUAAGAAUAUGAAAGAUUUAAAUCUAGAUUAGAAUAAAAGAAGAAUAAAUUAUUUACAUCAUAGGAUUUCAAUAGAUGGGAAAUACCAGCUGUUUAACUUAAAGCUUUUUAAGAUAGCAAUUUAACUUAAAAUAAAGAAUUUAGUUUUUAAAUUAUGUUACCAUAAGAGACUAUUAUUUAAGAAGAUUUAAAAAAUAUUUUUGCUUAUUAUAAUAAUUAAUCUUAUUUGGAGGUUACAAAACUAUUUGAGAAUACAGUAUCAGAAUUUUCAGAUCAUUUUACAACAUUUUGUAGUCUUUAGAAAGAAUAAAUAGCAGAAGUAUAAAUAAUAUUAUAUAUAAUUUAGUAAAAACUCAUAUGGGAUUAAAGUAUUGUAAAUUUAACUAAUUUAUAAUAUCCAAAAGAACUAAUUAAAAAAUGUACUUGA